UCCAAGCCCCCGGCUGGUUUUCGUCUGCGAAGGCAAAGCGUGUCUCGUGAGGACUAUUUUGGGUCUUGCCGCAGCAGCAGCAUCAGCAGUAUCAGCAUCAGUGGUGCAUCCAGAGACGCCGGAGCCGCGAUGAGGGAAAGGAGAGCUGCUCAGCCAGCGGUGGCCAGAUGCAAGCUGGUCCUCGUCGGGGAUGUGCACUGUGGGAAGACUGCCAUGUUGCAAGUGUUGGCGAAGGACUGCUAUCCGGAGACCUACGUUCCCACAGUUUUUGAGAACUACACGGCAUGCCUAGAGACAGAAGAACAGCGGGUGGAGCUCAGUCUCUGGGAUACAUCUGGAUCUCCCUACUACGACAAUGUGCGCCCUCUGUGUUACAGUGACUCAGAUGCUGUCCUGCUGUGCUUCGAUGUCAGCCGCCCUGAGACCAUGGACAGUGCUCUGAAGAAGUGGAAGACAGAAAUUUUGGAUUACUGCCCAACCACCCGUGUGUUGCUGAUUGGUUGCAAGACAGACCUUCGUACUGACCUCAGCACCCUGAUGGAACUGACCCAUCAGAAGCAAGCCCCUGUCUCUUAUGAACAGGGCUGUGCCGUGGCCAAGCAGCUUGGAGCAGAGACCUAUUUGGAGUGCUCAGCGUUCACAUCGGAGAAGAGCGUGCACAGCAUCUUCCGGACAGCAGCGUCUAUCUGCCUCAGCAAGGCUGGCCCCCAACCUCCCAAGAGCCCAGCUCGAAGCUUUCCCAAGAGACUGCUCCGCUUACCUAGCCGAUCCGAGCUCAUCUCUUCCACUUUCAAGAAGGAAAAAGCGAAAAGUUGCUCCGUCAUGUGAAGGGCCAACCGCUUUAGGAGCCGAGGGUAGUGGUGGUGGUAGAGCAGCUGAGGACUUUGGGCCUUCUGGUUGACCCUUCUGGGGUGGGCAGGGGGGCUGCCUGGUUCCCAUGGGGCAGGUCUGGAGAAUCCAGAAAUAUCUAAUUCCCCACCACCACCACCACCAUUCCAACUUCAGCAGGCCUGUCCAUCCUUUACACAUUGCAAAUGCUUCCCCACCAUGCAGCUGCAGUGAGUGCUUCCAGAUAGACAUGAGGAGGAAAUCAGAGUUUGGCUGGACAGUGAGGAUGAAGACUGGCCCAAGACAUGGCCUGCUGUGGAAGGCCCUUGAGGGCUGGCGGUGUACCAUCUUGGACAGUAGUGGCUCCAGUGGCUGUUCCACGUUUGAGGGUUUCAAAAGUAUCCUCCCCCUUCUGACACACAGUUAAUAAUCUCCCAUUGGCCCCGGUUCCCUUCUCCAUCGGCUGCUUGUCCCAUUUGCCUGUCUGAAGCAGGCUUAUUGCAGAUACCUCUCCCUUCCCCUCCCUUUGGGUACCCUCCCCUUCAUCUCCUCUAGAGUAGAGGAGUCUGUGUGUCCUCUUCUUCCUUAGGAGAUGAUGGGGUGGUGGUGGGAGGAGGGUGUGACUGUUUUAUAGAUAUUGUCUCUUUGUGUGUGGAAGAAAUGUGGGGGAGGGAAAGGGAGGGAAAAUCUUAAAUGUUCAGUGUUAUUAAAAGAAAACCUUAUUUAUUAAUGAAAAAUAUAAUGCAGAUUAACAGCCUGUUCAA